GCACCGGCUGCGAGGUGGCAGCAGGGAACUGAAAUCAAGGGACAGAAACUACAUUACUCCAAGCUGCAUACGUUUAAGCCCUUUCAUACUUUACCUUGAAAUCCUUAUUUUUUUUCCUAGACAAUGACUAGUAGCCCGCUGACUGGGUUGCUGGUUGCGCUGUGCGUAAGCAGCGCGGUGCACGGGUUGCCAAAGAAGAGCAAAAGACAAACUGGCCAGUAUCAGGUGUAUCCUGAACUCCGCGAUGCAUCGGCCGUUUCUCCAGUCGGCUGUGAGGAAAACGGUCGCUCAUUCAGACUGAACGAGCAGUGGGAGAAACCCUACCUCGGGAGCACGCUGUUGUGCACCUGCAAUGGAGCAGCAGGCAUCAAGUGUAAAACCAAGCCUGAAGUGGAGGAGACCUGUUUUGAUAAGUACAAUGACCGGACGUACCGGGUCGGGGAAACCUACGAGAGACCAAAGGACGGGAUGAUGUGGGACUGCACCUGUAUCGGUUCGGGUCGAGGAAAGAUCAGCUGUACCAUUGCAAAUCGUUGCCAUGAAGGUGGCAGGUCUUAUAAAAUCGGAGACACCUGGCAGAGGCCUCACGACACUGCUGACUCCAUGUUGGAGUGUGUGUGUCUCGGAAACGGCAAAGGAGAGUGGACCUGCAAACCUGUCGCCGAGCGAUGCUUUGACAACAGUGUUGCAUCAUCAUACAUGGUGGGGGAGACGUGGGAGAAACCGUACCAGGGCUGGAUGAUGCUGGACUGCACCUGUCUGGGAGAAGGAAAUGGACGAAUCACAUGCACCUCAAGGAAUCGUUGCAAUGACAAGGAAACCCGAAGGUCACAUCGUAUCGGAGACACAUGGACAAAGACAGACACAAGUGGACAGAUCCUGCAGUGUCAGUGCUUAGGGAACGGCCGUGGCGAGUGGAAGUGCGAGAGACACAAUGCAGUCCGAACUGCAGGUACUGUGGUGGUGACCCCACAGACUCAGCAGCUGCCAGAAGGGACUUGCCGCACAGAAUCUGGAUCGACAUACAGCGAUGGACAGCGCUGGUUCAGAAGUCAGGGCAGCAAGCACAUGAUCUGUACCUGUCUGGGCAACGGAGUCAGCUGUCAGGAGUAUGAGGCCAGGAACCAGGCGUACGGUGGCAGCUCUAACGGCCAGCCCUGUACCUUCCCAUUCGUCUUCAUGGGAAAGACUUACUACUCUUGCACUUCAGAUGGACGCACAGACGGGCAGCUCUGGUGCUCUACAACCUCAGACUACGAGGCAGACCAGCAGUACUCGUUCUGUACUGAGAAGAAUGUCAUUGUGGCAACAAGAGGUGGAAACUCCAACAACGCUCUCUGUCACUUCCCCUACCUCUACAGCGGACGCAACUAUACCGACUGCACAUCUGAUGGGCGCCGUGACGGAAUGAGGUGGUGCGGUACCAGCUAUGACUAUGACAACGAGCAGCGCUUUGGAUUCUGUCCCAUGGCUGCCCAUGAGGAGUUAUGCACUACCAACGAUGGAACGAUGUACCGUGUUGGCGACAAGUGGGACAAACGCCAUGAUGUCAUGGGUCACAUGAUGGAGUGCACAUGCCUGGGAAAUGGCAGGGGGGAGUGGAACUGUGUCGCUCACUCACAGCUGCGAGAUCAGUGUAUCGUUGAGGGCUACACCUAUGAGGUAAACCAGGAAUUCUCCAAGCGCCACGACGAGGGCUACAUGAUGAACUGCACCUGCUACGGACAGGGACGUGGACGCUGGAAGUGUGACGCUAUUGAUCAGUGUCAGGAGCCACAAACCAGGACGUUCCAUCAGAUCGGAGAGGUGUGGGACAAAGCCAUCCAUGGAGUCCACUAUCGCUGUUACUGCUACGGCAAUGGGAACGGAGAAAUGAGAUGUGAACCUCAGCAAACCUACCAAGACGGCCACAGACCCGUCCAGGUGAUCAUCACAGAGGCAGGAAAGCAGCCAGACUCCCACCCCAUUCAGUGGAACCCUCCCUCAUCUGCGCACAUUACCCAGUACAUCCUCAAAUGGAGAAUUAAAAAUAACCGUGGACCAUGGCGGGAGGUGACCAUCCCCGGCCAGCACAACUCCUACACCAUUGGCGGGCUCCGUCCAGGCAUCACUUACGAGGGUCAGCUGAUCAGCGUUCUGCGCUACGGAAACCGCGAGGUCACACGCUUCGAUUUCACCACCACCCAUGGUUCUUUGGAAACAUCGGAGGGAGAGACGACUGUGCCUCCUCCCGUGAUGGACACCUCUGAGUCUGUGACAGAAAUCACCUCAAACAGCUUCGUUGUGUCGUGGACUUCAGCCUCUGCUACCAUCUCCGGCUUCAGGGUGGAGUAUGAGCUCAGUGAGGACGGGGCUAAGCCAAAAAUUCUGGAUAUUCCUCGCACGUCCAACUCUGUCACCAUCUCUGAACUCCUGCCAGGACGCAGAUACAACGUCAAUGUCUACGAGCUCCCAGAGUCUGGACAGCCAAACCUCAUUCUGACCACCUCCCAGACCACAGCCCCUGACAGUGUUGCUCAGCAUGUAGUCGAUGAGGUGGGAGAGUCCUCCAUCAGAAUCAGCUGGUCCAGACCUCAGGCUCCUAUCACUGGUUACCGUGUGGUGUACACGCCGUCAGUGGAGGGCAGCAGCACUGAGCUGACCUUGACGGACUCAGAGACCUCAGUGAACCUGGUCGACCUUCACCCCGGAGUCCUUUACAACAUUAGCAUCUACGCCAUGAAGGAGGACCAGGAGAGCGAGCCUGUGUUCGUACAGGUUAACACUGCAGGAUCUCCUCUACCAGAGGAGGUCCCGGCACCCACAGACCUGCAGUUUUACGAGGUUACAGAUGUGAAGAUCACCAUCACCUGGACCGGCCCACCCAGUGAGGUGACAGGUUACAGAGUGACCUACUCCCCUGUUGGUCCUGACGGCACUGAGACCAGACCUCUGCCGCUGCCCACCUCACGCAACGCUUACGCCGAUAUCACCCACCUGCACCCGGGAACCCUGUACCGCUUCUACAUCUAUGCCAUCAACGGUGGCGUGGAGAGCGAGCCGCUGGUGGGAGAAAGGUCAACCAAGCCUGAUUCGCCCAGCAAUUUGCAUUUCACCGACCUCGGCCCCGACAGUGUGACAGCUACUUGGAACGCUCCUCGUGCCGUCGUCACUGGCUACCGUCUCUUCCUGAGCAUUGGGGGAUCCAACCCGAUCGAGAAGAGGAUUCCGGGCAGGGUCACCCAGUUCCCACUGAGGAAUUUACGCCCAGACACCCAGUACACCGCCACCCUCCACUCUGAGCUAGACAAUGAGCUCAGCGAGGGCAUCACUACAUACUUUGCCACAACCCCACGGAUGGGAAAUGCUCCUCCUUUCAGCACCGAGGUCACUGAUGCCUCCAUCAUCAUUACCUGGAUACCUGUCCGCAGGUUCAGCUACAAGCUCUCUGUUCUACCAAGCCAGGAAGGCGAGUCUCCCAAAGAACAAACCUCGGACUCUGGACGUAUUUUUAUCCCUGAUCUGAUCCCUGGAACUCAGUACACCUACAGCGUUCAGCCAAUCUUUAAUGGGCGCAACCAAGGACAACCCAUCACUCGCAACGCUUUCACCUCUCUUUCUCCUCCCACUGACCUCAGAGUCCAGUCCAGCCCGGACACAGGAGAUCUGAUUGUCCAUUGGGUCGCCUCCACAACACCAGGCAUCACAGGCUACAGAGUGACAAGCACUCCAGUCAAUGGCCAGCGGGGAAACUCCCUGGAUGAGCUGGUUCGAGCUGAUCAAACCUCAAUCAGGCUGGAGAGCCUGAACCCUGGAGCUGAGUACAACAUCAGUGUGUUCACUAACAAGGGCCAUUUGGAGAGUGUGCCUGUGUCUACUAUAGUCACACCAGGCAUCCCAAAACCAAGUCGCAUAGACUUUGUCGACAUCACUGACACCACCAUUGGCCUGCGCUGGACCCCUUUGAACUGUUCUACCAUUACUGCUUACCGGAUAACCGUAGUUGCGUCUGGCGAGAGCUUGCCAAUUUUUCAAGAUAUGGUGGAGGCGUCUGCUGGUUAUUACACGAUUUAUGGUUUGGAGUCGGGCGUGGACUAUGAGAUCAGCAUCUUCACUGUAACAGAGGAGGGGGAAAGCGAGCCGACCACACACACAAAGCAAACACACGCUGUCAUUCCAGCUCCAACCAACCUGCAGUUUAACGGUGUGGGUCCUGACCACAUUAGGGUGACGUGGGCAGUCCCCCAUGUGGCCACACCUAGCGACAUCUCCCGCUUUGUCAUCCGUUACCACCCUGCUGCAACCGAUGACGACAUCAGGGAGGUUAAUGUUGGCGGAGCAACGAACACCUUUGUGCUGCAGAACCUGCUGCCCAACACAGAGUACCGCAUCAGUGUUGUAUGUGUGUAUGGUGAACAAGAAAGUCAACCAGCCACAGGAACUCAGAGGACAACUCUGGACUCUCCUACUGGCCUGGACUUCUCGGACAUUCGCACCACCUCCUUCACCAUUCACUGGCUGGCUCCAACUGCUGCCAUUACCGGAUACCGUGUUCGCUACCAGGGGACGAGCGGUGGGAGGGCCAAGGAUGAGAGGCUUCCCCCUACCAGAACCUACUACACUCUGACCGGACUGACACCAGAGACUGAGUAUUUGAUUUAUGUGUAUGCUGUCAGCAACAGUCAGGAGAGUCAGCCGCUGACUGGAACACAGGCCACCAUCUCUGAUGCUCCCACUGACCUGGAAGUAACAUCGUCCACUCCUACCAGUAUCACCAUUCGCUGGGACGCACCCUCUGUCACAGUAAAGAACUACAAGAUCACCUAUGCAAGCACAGGUGGUGAGACUCAGGAUUUCACAAUCCCUGGCACUCAAACCACAGCCACCAUCACCGGUCUCAACCCGGGCACCGACUACAGCAUCGGAGUCAUCGCUGUAAGCGGAAGGGGGGACAGCCCGCCCUCCAACACCCCGGUCUACAUCAGACACACUACUGACACCGAGCCCCCCACUGACAUGAGAUUAACCGAAGUCACUGACAACGCCAUCACAGUGCGCUGGACUCCUGCUCAGGGACCAAUUACAGGCUACAGAGUAACCAGUGUCCCAAAGAAUGGCCUGGGACCCUCAUACUCUGAGGUGGUGGCCCCUGACCAGACAGAGAUUACCUUCACAGGUCUCAUGCCCACUGUUGAGUAUGUAAUCAGUGUCUACGCUCUGGCAAAUGAUGGACAGCCUUCUUCCCCUGUGGUGGAUAAUGCUAUCACUGCCAUGGACCGUCCCAAAGACCUGACCUUCUCUGACAUCGACUCCACCUCCAUGCGCAUCACAUGGGACAGUCCAGACGGCACAGUGACGUCAUAUCGCGUCUUGUACUCCAGCCCAGAGGAGGCGGAGAGAGAUCUGCGUCCAGCGCCAAGAGGUGACCAGGACAGUGUGCUGAUCAGAGGCCUUCGCCCCGGGACAGAAUACACCGUGAAAGUCAUCGCUCUCCAUGGCCGCACACCCAGCAAGCCGCUCGUGGGAACCCAGGCCACAGUAAUCCCUUCACCGACUAGCCUGAUGAUCUCUGAUGUCGGCCCCUCCACCUUCACUGUGUCAUGGCGAGCCCCCAACGCAGGCCUGUCAGGAUACCGUGUGGUCGUCAUUCCCAAGACCAUCAACGGCCCGACUAAAGAGUUGAACGUUGCUCCGGACACCACACGUGUUGUCGUACCAGGACUCAUGGUGGCCACCGCGUACCAGGUGCAUGUCUAUGCUUUGAAGAACUCCGUCACCAGCAGACCGCUGACAGGAGAAAUGACCACACUGGAAGAUGUGAGUACUCCUCGGCGUGUGCGUGUCUCUGACGUAAAAGACUCCUCUUUCACACUGAGCUGGCGCUCCAAGUUGGAAACAAUCACUGGUUAUCUAAUAGAAGCUACACCAGUCAGUGGCUCUAACCCCAUCAUCAGCAAGAACAUCCCAGCGGAGACCAACACCUACACUCUCACAGGUCUGCAGCCAGGCACCAUAUACUCAAUUAGCCUGUACACUCUGAAUGGCGUCACAAGGAGCCCCCCAUUUACUCUCAUGAUCCAAACAGCUGAACCAGUGGUCCAGGCUCCCACCAGCCUCCAGUUCACAUCUUUGACCCCCACCUCCAUCACCUUCGCCUGGCAGCCACCUGCCACAGAGAUCACAGGAUACUACGUCACCUACGAGGAGUCAGGAAGGGGGCCUCGAGAGCUGACCCCGAGACCCCACGCUGGCCAAAACUACGCCACCAUAUCCGGCCUGAAACCAGCCACAGAGUACAUCAUUAAGAUUGUUGCCAUCCAGAACACACAGAGGAGCACACCUCUGGUUGGAAAAGUCAGGACUAACCCAGACUCCCUGCUCCCCCUGCCUCUGCCCCGCCCUGGCGGUGUAGGCGACAAGCUGGAUGUGCCUGAACCUGACCUGGACAAUACAGUCCAGGUAGUGGGCACCAAUGGCCAGGAUGGGCAUGGUGGUCAGAGCCAGCAUGUGGAGUACACAGAGUACAACAACAAUGGAGACAACAACAACAACAGAUAUAAUGGGAACAGUGGCAACCCACAGUAUCCCUAUGGGCAAGUACGUGAGCCCCUAGUCUUUGUGCCCCUUCCUGAUGCAGAGGGCCGCAGGCUGCCCAUCCUGAAGCUGAACUUUCCCAUCGGCUCCACCUUUGGUAACGAUACUGGAGUGCCACAGGAGGCCCAGACUCAGACCUCUAUCUCCUGGAAGCCCUACAAGCAGAGCAACGCCUACCUGGUGUCCUGCCAUCCUCUCACACACCAACAUGAGAAAAUGUUCCAGGUCCGCCUGCCAGACACAGCCACCACUGCAACCCUGAUAGGACUCACCCCUGGAGCCAACUAUAAUGUGAUUGUGGAGGCUGUGUUGGGUGCUCUCAAACACAAGAUUGUGGAGCAGGUCAUCACAGCUGGAAACACAAUCCCAGGGGGAGUUUCCUCCAGCAAGGACUCAUGUUACGAUGCCUUCACUGCAACCCACCAUGACGUCGGUGCUGAGUGGGAGCGGAUGUCUGAGACCGGCUUCAAGCUGUGGUGCAGGUGCCUCGGUCUGGGCAGCGGCCACUUCAGAUGUGACUCAUCUAAGUGGUGCCAUGACAACGGCAUUAACUAUCGCAUCGGAGAGAAGUGGGACCGCCGCGGAGACAAUGGUCACCUGAUGAGCUGUACUUGUUUGGGAAACGGAAAAGGAGAAUUCAAGUGUGAACCACAUGACUCGGUGUGUUACGAUGAUGGCAAAGCGUACCAGGUGGGAAACCAGUGGCAAAAGGAGUACCUGGGGGCCAUCUGCACCUGCACAUGCUUUGGAGGACAGCAGGGCUGGCGAUGUGAGAACUGCCGCAAACCAGGUGCUGAAGUCGAUGACAGUCUGCUUCGGCCUGUAAGAUAUGGAGACAACUCACUACAUAAACUGAACAUUCAUUGCCCCAUUGAGUGCCUCCGUCCCGACCUGCUGGCAGACGCCAUCGCUCCUCCAAAUCCUCGGGAGUAAAGGAUCCGUCCCGUUUGUCUCCCUCACUUACCAAUCGCUGCACUCUCAUCCUGUAAUGUAGAAGCCUUGCUGUCUGCAACCAAACUGAACUAACUGCCCAAUGACUUGGACACAUAUUUAGCUGAAGAUUUAAAGGCAAAAAUAGCCAUGCAGCCUGAUCAAAGAUUUUUUUUUUCUAAAGCAAGUCUUUUCACUGUUUAAUGUCAAGUCUCUAAAUUCAUACUGUUGAUAAAUGCAGACUCCAGACCUCUUCAUUCAUUGAGCAACGUCCCUCCAACUUGUUUGCCUUCUCAACAUGAGAAUUAGACAUUUGUCAGAAUGGCAUUUCGUUUCCUUUAAGGUAUACACACACAUUUCUUAAUCAAGGGCAGAAACUGUCAAAAAAACAAGGACUGUGUGAAAGAAUGUCCAUGUGUUUAAAUUGUCCAUGAAAAUGUGCUUUUCUUUUUUGUCUUUUCCGUAGCCCUCCUGAAGGGUCGCACUGCUUGUGAUUGACACGUUCGGAUUUCUUUCUUGUGUCUCUUUACUAAUUUAUCCCUGUAAUUGCAACGUGUGAAUGUGUGAACUGGGAAGUGAGAAUAUGAACUGUUCUAUUUUUGUACUUUGUUGUCGGUGCCAAAGUUGUUUCUACCUAUGACCAAAAAAAAAGUCCCUUAUUUUAAUAAAGCUGGAGAGAUCCUGAAACCUAACAA